AGAAAUUCAAACAUUAUUUCAGCACUCCAUCCUGAAGUUACAUAGCUUAAUAAUAAUAAUUUUUAAAAAUUCCUGCAAAUGAAUGUUUGGAUAUAGGUGUGUGGUAAGUGCACCAACAUGUGUGUUCCUCAAAGUCAGGUUGGUCACUCCCAAAGUCCAAUAAAGACACUUGACUGCUUUAAGCUGGCAAAACCCUAAAAAACAGGAGGUGCUUCCCAGGAGGGAUCUUUCCCAUGGGGGCCUGGAGAGCUUAGCCGGGUGGUAGUGGGAUCUCCAAAAAGCCAAGGCCCGAAAAUCCGUCCCAGGCCGCCUGAAGGAAACGAAACAACUCUCCGAUAACCUUGAUUGCACACUUUCCAAGAUCUUAAGUCUUCACACGGACAGCAGGAGGAUGUACCUGCAGGCACCCAACACCCAAGCAACCAGCUCCCACCAAGAGGAUACCAAGCGUCUGCCAAUGCGCCUGCGCCGGCCGGCGAGGGCGGGGCCUGCGUGCUGACGUACGCGGAGCGUGCUUGCGUGCGUCGGGCGGGGAAUAACCGUAGCGGGGCUUCGCACCUCAACUGCCGUGGGUGCUGUUCUCUGGGGUCCCUAUUUCAAAAACCCUUAAAGGCUGUGUGUGAUGCCUCCGGGCUGUCUGUAUUGAGUUGACCAGAGCAGAGCGUUUGUUCUCAGAAUGUCAACGGUCAAGGAGCAGCUGAUUAAGAACCUGGUUGUGGAAGAUAAAACUUCCAAUCAGAAGAUCACCGUGGUUGGGGUUGGUGCGGUAGGCAUGGCUUGUGCAGUCUGUAUCUUAUUGAAGGAUAUGGCUGAUGAACUCGCCCUUGUUGACAUCGCAGAGGACAAGUUGAAGGGAGAAAUGAUGGAUCUUCAGCAUGGCAGUCUUUUCUUUGCUACUUCAAAGAUUGUUGGUGGAAAAGAUGAUCGUGUAUCUGCAAAUUCCAAAUUAAUUAUUGUCACAGCAGGUGUACGGCAAAAGGAAGGAGAAAGUCGUCUUUCCCUGGUUCAACGUAAUGUGGACAUCAUGAAAUCAGUUAUUCCUUCCCUGGUCAAGUAUAGUCCUGACUGUAAGAUACUUAUUGUCUCAAAUCCAGUGGAUAUUUUGACAUAUGUGGUCUGGAAGCUAAGUGGCUUACCUGCCACUCGUAUAAUUGGAAGUGGUUGUAAUCUAGACUCUGCCCGUUUCCGUUACCUGAUUGGAGACAAGUUGGGUGUCCAUCCCACUAGCUGCCACGGUUGGAUUAUUGGAGAACAUGGUGAUUCUAGUGUGCCCUUAUGGAGUGGAGUGAAUGUUGCUGGUGUUCCUCUGAAGACUCUUAACCCUAACUUAGGAACUGAUUCAGACAAGGACAAAUGGAAAAAUAUCCAUAAACAAGUUGUUGAGAGUGCCUAUGAGAUUAUUAAGCUGAAGGGGUACACCUCUUGGGCUAUUGGCCUAUCUGUGACAAAUCUGGUAGAAUCAAUUUUGAAAAACCUUAGGAGAGUGCAUCCAGUUUCGACUAUGGUUAAGGUAGGCUUAAAUUGAUCUUUAUUAUCAUUAAUGUUUGUUGAGUCCUUACUGUGUGCCAGGCAUAUACAAGGUGUUGAGGAUAUAACGGUGAACAAAAAAGACAGAGACCCUGCCCUCAUAGAAGUUAAUAAAAAAUGGAUUUAAUAAAACAAUUACCAAAGAACAUAUCUAAUAAUAAAUUAUACUAUGUGCUAUGAUGAAAAACUAAAAAGUGCUAAGUGUACACAAGAAGAGAAUUUAACUACUCUGGGGAGGGGCAUAGUUGAUGGUUAGGGAAGUCUUCCCAAAGAAGUAAAAUGACCUAAUCCAAGUAAUGAGGAGGAGUGAAUUUGGAAGGCUGGAUUAAUUAUACAAGCAGAGGGAACACAUGUGCAAGAGGAUCUGGAGGUAGAUAUAAGCAGAGAACACUUGAGGAUCUGAAAAAAUAGGUCAUCUAUUGAAAUGCAGAGAGAAAGGGAGCAAUGGUAAGUGCACGAUGAAGGGAAAAGCAAGCAGGGUCAGGCCACCAAAAGGAAGAGGGUAGGCUGUGUCAUGGUCAGCACACAGGGCCAGGCGAGGCCCCAGGGGUCUAGGCUUUUGUUUUCAGCCCAAUCAGCAGCCC